AUGGCCAUGGCGCGCAUGCAAGAGCGCGUGAAGGAGCUUGAAGGUUGCCUCACCGACCGCGACGCGACCAUGACUCUUUCGACCAUGAGAAUCGCCGAGCUCGAGGUCGCGCUCGCGAACAAGACGCCGCAGCUCGCGGACGGGCGCAGCAGCGAAAGCGCGGCAGAUGACGGUCACGCAGGCUCAGGCCGCCUGGCGCUGCGCGUCAAGGGGCUGCAAGGUCUUCUUGCGCAAGAGCAGCGUGCGCAUGACGCUACUCGCGCCGAGCGCAACGCGCUGAGUGACGCCCUCAAGCUUGAGCAAGCGAAGUACAACAUAGCGGCAGAUAAGGGUGCGCAGCGCGAGCUUUUGCUCGAGAAGCAACUCGCGGACGCCCGCAGCGGCAAGAGCGCGGCAGCUGUCGUUGACGCAGGUAUCUUGAGCCGGCAGACGCAGCGCGUCAAGGAGCUGCAAGGUCUCCUUGCGCAAGCGCACGCCGACCGUGACGCGCUUACGCUCGCCCUCGAGCUUGAGCAGGCGGCCCACAACGACGCUCGUGUCAACUGCGAUGUUCUCGUGCAAGAGCUGUCCAAGUCCAAGGAGACCGCAUCCAAGCACGAGACCACGAUCAACGCGCUCUCGCGCAUGUCCGCCAGCAACGACGCCGCGUCCACUCGCUGGAAACGGCUGGCCUAUGCGCUGCAGCGCUACACCCGCUCCUUUGACCGUCGUCACCUCGAGCUCAAGCCGCAUAUGGCGCCGGCCGGCCUCGAGCGCUUUGGUUUGACGUGCUAUAUCAACGUCGUUCUCCAUUGCCUUGCGCACACACUCUUCCUCACGCACAUCUCGGCCGCUCGCGACGACGCGUUUGCAAUGGCUCUCGCCGAGCUGCUCGUCGCCAUCCGCAACGGCGACACGUCGCGCUUCGACCACGACCAUCCCGUAUUGGCGUACUAUCGCGACGAGCAAGACGACGCUCUCGAGUACUUGACGUGGCUCAACGGCAUUCUCGAGCCGACACGAGUGCCGAUGGCCGUCUUUGGCAUGAACGAAAUCGCGACGAGAACGUGCAGCGACUGCCGGCAGAGCAGCACGGGGCGUACACCCAUCCACUACAUCACCGUCAAGCCGUGCAACUCGGUCGUCAAGGCGCUCAACAUCGCCCGCCCGGCGCUUGGGCAAGAAGAGACGGUGCAACGGAACUGCGACGAGUGUGGCCCGCUUCACAACCACGAGUCGCACACUCGUUUGGACCGAGCGCCGCCCGUCGUCGUCGUCAACAUGCCGUGCUACGAUCCAAGUGGCUUGGUCGAGGCCAAGAUCGUCAUCGAAAACCCGGCGAUCGAGCUCUCGAUCAAGCUCCAGGCGGCGACGUACGAGCUCGUGGCCGUGGUCGUGCACGAGGGCAUUAGCAAAGAGUGCGGACAUUACGUCGCCUACGUGCGCUCGCGCCACAACGCGCCGGGCUCGAAGGACCACACGUGGUACAAGAUGGACGACGACCACCCGGUCCAAAGCGUGACGACGGCCACGGUCAAGACGCUUCAAGGCACCUUGUUCUUUUACGAAAGAACCGACGCGACGGCGACCGAGACCAACCUCGAGAGCGCGAGCACCGUCCAACAUGGCCGCGACAAGCGCCCAAAGUCGCCCGCCAUCGACGACCCCGCUCCCAAGAAGCCGCGACACACGAGCAGCGAAGCGCUGCAAGGCGGCUUUGAGUUUAGCGGCGACCAACCAAGCGGCUUUGAGUUUGGCGAUGGUCAACACGACGACUUUGAGCUUGGCGGGUGGUCGCCGACCGAAGAGACCAAAGAGCCCGAGUCUCAGGCUUUGAGACGACCAGACGGUGCUGCGUCGCCCGAGAUUUCACGGCGCGACUUUGGUUCGACCCGCCGCGACGCGAUGGUCCAUCCCGAUGCAAACUACUCGGAAGUCCAGCCGUUCGUCGCCACGCCCGACUGCAUCGAGAUCUCGGACGACUCGGACGACGAGCAGGCUGUGGCCGAGCAGCAGCGUCCCGGCGCCUCCGAACACCAGGGCCGAAGCGCGCCAGGCGAGCCGCAGAGCUUGCGCGGGCCUGCGCCAAGCACCCGCAAGAAGCGCCAGUUUCGCUGCAUACCGCCGGCCCCGACUGACCGCAUUUUGCGCAGCAAUGGACCUGCGCCGGUGCCGGGGCCGCUGCGGCCUCAGCGACAAGAGAAGGAGCACACAGAAGAGCACAAGAUUGCGCACGUUGCGGCGAUCAAGGCGUCGAUUGCGAACAAGGAGAGACUGAAGGAGAUCCUGAAACGCCAAGCCCGUAGCAUCCGGGCCGCGACGCCCGAGGCGCGAUGCUUGACGAUACCGUCUCAUGCUUUGUGUAAGCCGCUCGUUCCGUUUGCAUCGCGAUCGACAGCCAAGGGCCUCACCCUCGACGACAAGCGCAAUAUCCUCCGUUGGCUGCGCGGAGCCUUCGGGUCGAAGAUAGCGGCCUCGCGCAAGAUGCGGGACAUCAAGACGGUCAUUCAAAUGAUGCACAUUGACGCCGACAACCUCUGGACGUUCACGCCCCUCGGUGCCAUGACGCCUGCCCAGGACACGUCCGCGACGAAGCUUACAACCUAUUUGAACGGCUUGCGUCUUGAUGAGCGGCUUGAAGCGUUCCCAUACCUCCAGGCGUUUGCGAACCUCAGCAACAACGCCGCGGCCUUGGUGUUUUCCAACACCAAGCGCAAGAAGAAUCCAUGGUCCUGUCUGGCCGCACUGCUGGGACCAUGUGACGCUCAACAUACCGCCGCGUCAUCAACGGCGUCCUUGAUCGAGCCCUCCUCGCCACCGGCAUUGGCUCGCGUCGACACACUUGUGGAGAGUGCGAUGGCGGUGGAGGCAAGCCCGUCGAACCGUCAUGGUCGCAGCGCCUCAGCGCCUCGCCAAAGCCUGAGCAAUGAUCAAGACAUUGUCCCGCCCCCAGCCCAAGAUGCACUGCUUGAUUGA